AUAGUUAUAGCAGUGAUUUUUCUGAAGGUAGUUCAAGUGUGAGUGGUAUUUGUUAUGACUGGGUUACAUAUCAUGGAUUUAAAGUAUUUGACCCAAUUUUAAUCCCAUUAUGUAUGUGGGCAUUAUAUAUUGGUAUUUCAAAACACAGAUUAUUUAAAAAGUUUGAUGAUACAUAUAUUUAUUCAAUAACUUUUAUAAUGUAUGGUAUUAUGAUGACUUUUGCACUUUUAGCAGAUUCUUUUUCAAAUAAUUUUGGAAACUCACUUAAAUUAUUUGUUGGCAUUGCCGAUGUCGAUCUUACAUCAACUGUUGGUACAUUCUUUUUAUAUUGUGGUUUAUCAGAUCUUGGUAUAAUUAACCCAAAAUCAUUCAAAACCAAAUUAAUCUUCAUAUUCAAUUCUAUAAUCCUUUUAUUCUCAUGGUACUAUGCUUUCGAGUAUUCAGGUUCUAAAUCUGGUAUUUGGUCAUUUGUUCUUUAUGAAGUUGUUGUUGGUAUCUCAUGUGGUAUUUACUUAGUUCUUCAAGUUGUUUAUCUUCUUAGAAAUAAUAGAUUAGAAAAGAUUUUAUGGUUAAUAGCUGCUGGUGUCACUGGUGGUGUUGGUUUAGGUAUCACUCUUUAUUCACAUAAAUGGUGCGAAUAUUUCGGUGCCAGAUUAUCAAGUAGUUAUGCAUGGUUCUUUUUAAGUGAUGUUGCAAUGUUAUUAAUCGCCAAGUAUAUUGUUUCUUCAAGAGGUAAUGAUGAAUUAGAAAAGAAAUAUAACAAAUGUUGUUUCUCAUCAUCAAACGAAGAAUCUGAAAAUGAUGAAGAGUCAAAUUACCCAGGUAUUAAAUAUCAACCAGCUCAACCACAAGGGGCAUUCUUUACUCUUCAAUCACAACCACAACCACAACCACAACCAAUUUUACUUCAACAACCACAAGGUGGUUAUAUUCUUCUUCAUUCCCAAAUUCCAUCACAACAGCCAACACAAUACUAUUUUAAACAAUAGAAGUAACCCAAAUUUAUUAAUUUAGUUAUAAAGCUAUAAAAAUAAAUCAUUUUAAAAAAUAAAUAGAAAUAAUAAAUAAAUAAUAAAAAAAAAAAUUUCUAAUC